AUGGCCGUUUGCAGUUCAGUAGUGAAGACUGUUGUACCCGAUUACAGUAAUGGUGACUGCAUCAAAUUGUGCAGUGAACACUACUGGCCACCCAAAGAUGAAAACAAUCAAGUUUAUCGACAUUUACCUCCAACCACAGACACUGUGCUGACAAAACCAUUUCCAAUUAGAGGUGAACGUCUAAACUAUGUUAACACUCCGCAUGUUAUCGCCAUGGUCGGACUGCCGGCGAGAGGGAAAACUUACAUUUCGAAAAAACUUUCCCGGUACCUAAACUGGAUUGGUAUCAACACUAAAGUUUUCAACCUUGGAGAAUACCGGCGUCAUGCCACCACUGCGUAUAAGUGCCAUGAGUUCUUCCGUCCCGACAACGUUGAAGCGAUGGCAAUUCGAACGCAAUGCGCCAUCGACGCGCUGGACGAUGUCUGCACGUGGCUGGACAACGGCGGUGAAGUUGCUGUGUUUGAUGCCACGAACUCGACCAUUGAGCGUCGACAAUUGAUAUUGGAAAUCGUUGUGAAAAAACGAGGGUUCAAGUUAUUUUUCGUCGAAUCUGUGUGUGAUGACCCAAAAAUAGUCGAACAGAAUAUAAUGGAAGUGAAGAUUAACAGCCCGGACUACCAGAGCAUGGGUGCUGACGUGGCACUCAGGGACUUUUUGCAGCGGAUAGAGCACUAUCAGGAACGGUACGAACCCCUGGACGAGGUGACUGAGUCUGAGUUGAGCUUCAUGAAGAUAUUCAAUACUGGAGAAAAAGUGUUGGUGCGCAAGCACGAAGGUCACAUACAGGCGCGCAUCGUUUACUAUCUGAUGAACAUUCAUAUCAUUCCGAGAACCAUUUAUCUUACUAGACACGGCGAGAGCGAAUGGAACAAGGAAGGAAAAAUUGGUGGAGAUUCCCAACUCUCACCUAACGGUGUCAAGUAUGCCAUCGCUUUGGCCAACUACAUAAACGAACAGAAUAUCAAAAACCUUCGGGUGUGGACUUCAUGGCACUACAGGACCAUUCAGACUGCAAGCGGUGUUCAAGCUCCACAGGAACGAUGGAAAUCGUUGAACGAAAUUGACGCCGGAGUGUGUGACGGUAAAACGUAUGCGAUGAUUAAACGCGAGUAUCCUGAGCAGUUUGCAGCCCGUGACAAGGACAAGUUUGCGUACCGUUAUCCGAGAGGCGAAUCGUACGAAGACCUGGUUGCUCGGCUGGAACCAGUGAUUAUGGAGCUGGAGAGACAGGGAAAUGUUCUGGUGGUCAGCCAUCAAGCAGUGUUCCGAUGUCUGCUGGCGUAUUUUUUGGACAAAAAUUCAGAAGAGUUACCGUACUUAGAAGUUCCCUUGCACUCGCUGAUAAAACUCACACCCGUGGCUUACGGUUGUAAAAUGGAGCAAAUCAACUUUCCCAUCGAGGCUGUCAAUACACAUCGUCCCAAGCCUCAGGAACCGGGAUUUCUGGAGGACCGAUUCAAGGAUGAUGUGAAAGACGACAUCGGAGGUGGCGACAGUACGAACGGGAAAAAGGCAAACAACGGAGAUGCCACACUGCCCACUUAA